GCCUCAGUCCGACCCUUCCGACCAACUCCCAUCUACAUUUGACUCUCUUUUUUUCUUCCAAAAUGCUCCGCUCAGCACUCGCUUCCACAGUCAGACCGGCCUUUGCCCGUCCACAACGUUUUUAUGCCACCGCAAUCUCCAGUGCAGGCGACAAGCCCACCAAGUAUGGCGGCUCUUACACAGUUACUCUUAUUCCCGGAGACGGUGUCGGUGCAGAAAUUACAGACUCGGUCAAGGAGAUCUUCGAAUAUGUCAACGCUCCUAUUGAGUGGGAGCAAUAUGACGUCUCUGGAAUGUCCUCUGCAGGCGAAGCACUCUUCAAGCAGGCAAUGGAGAGUUUGAAGCGAAACAAGGUCGGACUGAAGGGCAUUCUUUUCACCCCCAUAUCUCAGUCCGGACAUAUCUCAUGGAACGUGGCCAUGCGUCAGCAAUUGGACAUCUACGCAUCCGUCGUCCUCUGCAAGUCCCUCCCCGGAGUCCCCACUAGACACAACAACGUCGACUUUGCUAUCAUUCGAGAGAACACCGAGGGAGAGUACUCCGGUCUCGAGCACCAGAGCUACCCUGGUGUCGUCGAGAGCUUGAAGGUAUCCACCCGUGCAAAGACUGAGCGAAUUGUCCGAUUCGCAUUCGACUUCGCCCUCAAGAACGGUCGCAAGAAAGUUACUUGCGUCCACAAGGCUAACAUCAUGAAGCUUGGCGAUGGCCUUUUCCUCAACACCUUCCGACGGGUCGCGGAGGAAUACAAGUCCUCUGGAAUUGAAUACAAUGACAUGAUUGUCGACAACACUGCCAUGCAGCUCGUUGCCCGCCCCCAACAGUUCGACGUCAUGGUCAUGCCCAACCUGUACGGCGCUAUCGUCUCCAACAUUGGCGCUGCUCUCGUCGGAGGACCCGGAAUUGUCCCAGGAUGCAACGUUGGACGUGAAUACGCUCUUUUCGAACCUGGAUGCCGCCAUGUCGCCAGCGACAUCAUGGGAACCAACACCGCCAACCCUACCGCCAUGAUUCUUAGCGCCACCAUGAUGUUGAGACACCUUGGCCUCAACGAAAUCGCCAACAACAUCGCUUCAGCCACCUUCGGUGUCAUCAACGAGGGCAAGGUCCAGACAGUCGACAUGGGCGGCUCUGCGACUACCUCCGAACUCACCGCUGCUAUCAUCAAAAAGCUAUAAACAUGCUUGCUUAUAGCGGGUGAUUUUCUGUCCAUUUAGCUUGGUUAUAGCGAUUGUUCUGGUGACGACGCUGGCUGCUAGAUUUAGAGAUAGACAGGUUUGAAUAUUACGCCUUUUCACGCAAA